AUGUCCACUUCGACAGAAAACAAUGACCGCAAAGAUAUUCAACAAACGAUUGAAUUCGAACGGUUUCCCCUAGAAAUUCAAGACCAAAUUUGGGAGUCGACAUGUGUCCCACGGAACAUAUUCAUUUACGAGAUCGAGCAGAUUAUAACAAUUGAUGAGGGAUUGGGCGAACGAUAUAACAAAUGUAAAAUUCACCAGGAGGUUGGCGAUUGUUACAAUCAUCAACCCAUAGCGCUCAGCGGAAACUAUAGAAGCAGAGACAAUCUUCCACGCAGAUACGAACGAAUCCUUGAGGGGGAUCUUCCAAACUCAUGGAUUUACUUCAACUUCGACAUUGAUACGUUGGUGAUACAUCCUCAAAUGAUUACUCGCCACUUUGUGCCAAUAGAUGGCACAGACCAGCAGCCAAGUUGGGGUUUGAAAGAGCAGUUUAAAAUCUUGGGCCCUAACUCGCAAUGCGGACAGACCAUGUUGAGAGGCAAGCAAUUAUUGAAAGGUCGAAACAAUAAUCUAGAACGAAUCCAAUUCAUUGCGAUUGGGGGCUUUCGCUGGUGGAACUCCGAGACAGUUCUUUGUGGAAAAACAAAGUCUUGCGGAUUUGAUCUCCAGAAGUUCAAUUUUGAAGCAGGCAUCAAGCAUGGAUUUCAAAAUCUGAAAGAACUCAUAUUGGUUCUGGCGAAGGAGAAAGAACUGACUAGUGCUCAGCUGGAUUCAAUCCCCCCUGGAAUUGGUCUGAGGACCGAAGAGGGAAAGGAAAUAUGCAGACGUGAGAUUACGGAGAUGUAUAAAGCGGAGAAGGCACGUCGUCCUGGCUUUAAGAUUCCUAAGAUUAUUUUCUUGGAGCAUGAGGAUCCGAAAGCACCCAACUUUGAUUUUGGCAAGCAGAAUGGAAUGGGGACGAAGGUAGGCACUGUACCGUUUGGGCUGUCGCCCCCUCGUGUAGAGACGGAGAAUGCAGAGUCGGAGGAAUAA